AACACCCGUUCCGUUACGAAGUGUUACCAUGGAUCUGGGCGGAUUAUCCCGCCUCUCUGGGGUUCGAGGAAGAAAACGUGAGGAAUGGGACAAGACCUUUAUCUCUGCCUGGAACAGCGAGUCGUGUAUGUCCGCUAAGAGCUGCUCUCUCAAUUUCCAUCACAUCGUGUUUAUUUCUGUACUGUCCACAUCUAUCGGCACGUUGAAUUUUGCAAUUUGUGUAUUGAAUUAAACAUUCGAUGGCCGCUUGAUGGGGCAGGUCCCUGAGUGUGAACAAGGCGCAGUCUUAGGAGAGCUGCUACGACCUUCGGAUCGUAAACCUGGCAAAUACCUUAGUAAUAAUGAAAACACG